AUGGGUCCGAGGCUUAAAUUGUGCCUCAACGAACCUGGAAAUGGCCAGUACUACGUUUCUAAUGAAGCAAUGAGUGGGAAUGUGGUUCUAGAACUCGAUAGGCCGGCAUCAAUAAUAUCACUAUCAGUGACAAUCCGGGGUACGUCACAAACAUUUACCCAGUCUUCGGGCUCAGACUACUUGAUGCAUACCACUUUUGGUAACAGAUCUUGCCAUACUCUAGUUCACCAGAAACAAGAGCUGUUUCCCCCUGAGAACGUCAGAGGGGCCAUCACGACGUCAAAAAAAGGGUUUCAGGUAUCUAAGGGUCUUUACAGUUACGGAUUCGAAUUCUUGGUGCCUUACUGGCUUAAGUGCUUCAAUGACCACGGCGCGAAAUCGGCAGGCUUCAACAGAACUCUAGAAGAUCCGCGUCUGCCGCCAAGUUUUAAUAGUGACGCAGCGACAGCCGGUUUGGUGGACUUUGAGAAUUCCUACUACAAGAUGGGCUCAGUAACGUACUACAUGAAAGCAACCUUGGUGCUGGGAAAGAUUGGCUUUCGCCUAACUCCUGGCAAUACCAUCAUUGAAGCAUAUCAGGGAAUCGAAUACAUACCCACGCCCCGUUGCGACGGCAAUCAAGCGCACAUAUUGCAGGCUAACAUAGGGCCUACGCAGAGUUUCGUGUCCAAGAAGACUUUAAAAGUCAAUGACAGCUUGGAUGCGUGGAUCGAAGUCAAGGCGCGGAGCUUGUCUCGUGUUUAUCGUUUAGAUCGUAUGUUUCAACGAGGGUGUCAACGUUUCGACAAAGUCUCCUUGGUGUUAAGCCAACGACCAGUCCAGGAAUUGAACAUUAAAAUUAGGCGUCUUACGCUACAACUUGUAGAAAUCAUGAAUUAUCUAUCACAGGGCCAAGUCAAUGCAAUGGUUGGUACUAUUCCUCUGGUAGAAACCCAGCUCGAUUUAAAGCUCAAUUCAUCAAAAAUCAAAACUCUUGGGAAUGGAACAAUAGAGUGGCCAUUAGAGUUAUGCCGCAUUCCUGAAUUAGCUAACUACAAAUUCAAUGAGGCUAAUAUAACACAUCGCGGGAAUAAAAUGUUCAGCUUCGCCUCCUGUAACAUAAAGCGAGCAUUUAAGUUUUGCCUGUCGUUGGGCCUUGAGAUAGACGGAUCGAGGUUUGAUGCCGAGGUGCUGACAACGAUGUGCGAUAUCGAACUGAGCUCCAUCGAGGAUCACGAGGAGUUGCCCAGCUAUAAAGUUUCCGACGUCCCACCUAACUAUACGAAUGAUUAA